AUGGGUGAUAAAAAAUGUUGCCGUUUGAAAUGUUCGUUUAAAAUAGCUUUGAUAUUUUUUCUUGGAAUAAUUGCCUUUGCUUAUAUUAAUCUGAACAAGAAACGUCUCGAGCCGUGUGACAUUUCUCCACAGAAAAGUGAAAAUUUACGAGUUUUGAUAAAAACUGUGUCACGUGCAUUAGAGAUGUACAACGUGACAUAUUGGGUUGAUUACGGAACAGUUUUAGGUGCGUAUAGAUAUUGUGACGUCAUACCAUGGGAUCAUGACGCCGAUAUUGGAUAUUUGGAAUCAGAGCGUAGGAAAGUUAUACAAGCUGGCGCAGUUGUUAACUCACAUAGAGGAUUUUUUAUGGAUGACACGAAAGCCUCCUACGGGAACUACACCCUUGAUCUUUUCGUUUGGAAAAAAGUGAAAAAUUGGUGGAGCUUUAGUUCUAUAGGAAACCUUUUACAUGCCGGGAAGAUACGGCGGAUAACUAUAAACUGA